CCUACAGCCCUCAACAGGCAUCAUGCAAUGUGUGGAUUUAAGGAAUCUCUUCGCCGUAGCCCAAUUCAUAAAGGCCAGAUGUGACCACGGCCUGAAAGCUGGGCUCACCGAGAAUAAGAAUUAUGUCUUUUUUGAGGUGGAGAUCCUGGACCUCAAGAGCAAGGCACAACUCUGCUACCUGGAUAAGGUGGAGCCCAACGCCACCAUUGCAGAGAUCAAGACCUUGUUGCACAAAAUUUACCCCAAGUUUUAUCCAUCAAGACAGGCACUGAAGCUGCAUCCAGAGGGAAAGGCCCUCAGUGAUGAUGAUGUACUGGAGGAUCUACCGGUUGGCACGACCGCAACAAUGUUCUUCCAGGACCUCGGCCCACAGUUAGGCUGGACUAUGGUAUUUCUGGCAGAGUGUCUUGGGCCGCUUUUCAUUUACCUGCUGUUCUACUAUCGGCUUCCAUACAUCUACGGGCACGAGUAUGACUACACCCAAAGUCCAUUUAAAGUUGUCAAUGUAGCUUUCAUUUUACAUCGCUGUUUUUCUUCAUCAUAUCUCUUUGUUCAUUUUAUUCAGGUCUGUGAAUUUGGACAUUUCUCAGUUCAUCUGAUUUUGAAUCGAAUCAGCUGUAAUGGGUCCAGGCCUAAAGAGAUUCCUUAUCCCACAAAUAAUCCAUUCACUUGGCUCUUUUUCUUCGUGUCCUGCCCAAACUACACAUAUGAGGUGGGAUCAUGGAUCAGCUUCACAGCAAUGACACAAUGUGUUCCAGUGGGAGUUUUCGCAUUUUUGGGUUUUAUUCAGAUGACUAUAUGGGCUCGGGCAAAGCAUAAAACCUACACUGAGCAAUUCAAAUACUAUCCUGACCUGAGAACAGCCAUCAUUCCACUCUUCUUCUAGAUCGAUUGGAUGGAGGAUGAACCUACACGCACUUUUCUCAUUGGAUGCGUCACCAAACAUCAUAUUAUAAGCAAGAAAAUAAGUGUUUCUCUGUCAGACCUUGUGAUUUAUUCAGACACAGUUCAGAUUGUGAUAGUGUCUGAAGUGUGAAAUGGUAAUUACUAUUAAUUACAUUCAUUAUGAAGAGAGGCUUACUGAGAAUAGAUCGAGGCUGUACUGCAAGUUUGAGGAAGAUAAAAUAACAGAAACUUCUUGCAAAAAGGAGGGGUUUUUUUAAGGGAGGUGUAUUUUUUGGCAAACUUAAACAUUUGCUUGACAUCAAAGAGUGUAAGUUGAGUCCCAAAUGUGAAGGUCUGCAGACCACCAAGCAGAAAAAAAAGGUGUACAAUGUGAUUUUAUUGAUGUUGAUUGUUCAUUUUUGUAUUCCAUUAAAACAUUUUGCAGAACAUAUCAGUGUUUGUGUCAUAAAGAAAAUGUUACUGAAGAUUUUAUUUCCCAGAAAUAAGUGAUCGUCAGUUUCCAAAUGUCAGUAUUUUCAAGACAUGGUAAAACAAACUUAUAGAAUAGUGUUUUGUCAUUGAAAGCUGUAUUAUUGCAUAUUAAAACUAUUUGCUUAAAUAUUCACUAAUGAAUACAUUUAAAGCUCUUCAUUCCCCCAAAAAGACACAUAUCCUUCCCGAUUUUCAUUGUCUACACCACGAGGUCAAGGUUUGCCUGGUUCACAUGGUCAAGUUAGCCUGUUGCCAUAAUUACAUCAUCAUUGUGUAUUCACCUUCACUCUAUGCAAAAAUA